GUCCAUGCUGUGAUUGGUUGAUGGCGGAAGACAUAAAAGUUUCUUUAUUCAGUCCCAUUUCAACUUCACCCCCGCGUUUCCUUAUGGUAACUCCCUCCAUAGCUAUCGCUCCAUCCCGGGAGUAGCAUAUGUCUUGACUGGCGCGCAGGAAAAGAGAGCGCACAGAACGCCCGCAGCACAAGAGAAACACAACCGCGGUCCCUUUUAUGCGAACAAACGUGCCAGAGACGAGUGGACGCGGUUCGGCACUACAAUCCAGCUCGUCUAAUCGGCUAUUUUUGUCCGCUUUCUCGGUUUAUGCACGGAUACCGCCUGGAAAAAGGGAACAAGGUGGCCAGCCUGUUGGGCGUAGCUAGCAAGCUAACUUAAGCGUGCAUCAGUAUCCUGACGAUCAGGCAGGAGGGCCGCACAGCACUGGGGGGUCCCGUCUGACUGAGGGCGUAAAUCCCGCGAAACUGCGCCAGUGAGGGGCAGCGCCAGGCCUGGGGGGGAGAUGAAACCGGAUGGGGUCGACACUGCAGCGCCCAUGGAAGUCCUGGGGGCGGAGCCUGUAGUCGAAGGACCGCCCAUGGAGGAGGAGCCGCAGCCGCCUGCCCCGCCGUCGCAGCUUGAGGAGGCGGCCGAGCCGCAGCAGCAGCAGCAGCAGCCGGAAGUGCAGACGGCGCCACCUGCCCCCAAGGAGGGGAACGGCAAGCCCGCCGACCCCAAAGCCAAGACGAGAGGACCCGCUAAAACCAGGCCCGCGACUGCCGCCGGCGCCAAGACCACGGGACCGUCCGGACCCGCCGCCCGGCCCGGAGCGGCCCAGGGCCGCAUCCUCAACGGCGUCCAGAAGCCCCUGUCCAACGGCCUGGCCAGGAAGACCAACGCCACCAACGCCGCCGCUCCUGAGAAGAAGAAGCUCCCUGCCGCCGCCGCCGCCCCUCCUAAAAGGCCUGCGGGACCGCCCGCCCCCGCCAGACCCCCGGCCAAGGCCGCCGACAGGAAGCCCGUCGGAGCGAACCGGCCCGCCACCGCUCCCGCCGCCGGGCCCGCCGGCACCAGGACCGCGACCGGAACCGCCCAGCCCCCCAGGAAAGCCCCCGCCGCGCCCAGCAAUGGGGUCAAAGCCAAACCCAAAACCACCGUAGCUCCCAGGCCAGCCUCUGCAGCUCCCUCCAAACCCAGCACGGCUGCUCUGACCAAAACCGAUAGGCCGACUGUUCCCAAGGCAACCAGGCCUGCCACCGUUCCUCCUUCCUCUCGACCCGCCCCCACCACGACGACGACGGCAACGGCAAAGGCAGCCGCCGCCUCCACCAAACCCUCCUCCUCCAGAGCAGGUGCCACAGCUCCCCCUGCUGGUCGCAGCGCAGCAGUGCCGCCCACCAAGACCGCAGCUCCCGCAAAGAAAGAUGUUAGCCGACCGACCGCAGCGGCGGCCAAGAAACCGGCGGCAGCAGCGGCAGCCCCCGCCCGGCCUUCACCGGCCCGGCCCUCUAAACCCGAGGCUCCCAAAGCCGCCGCCGCCGCCGCCCGGCCCGACACGGCCGCUGCCGCCACCAAGCGGCCGGCCGCCGGCGCCAAGGCCGCGGACGCCAAGCCCUCCCGGCCCAAGCCGCAGGACGCCAAGCCCACCGCCACGGCGGAAGUGAAGGCCAGCCCCCGCGCCGCCGCCGCCGGGCCCCGGCUCGGCCUCGCCAAGACGGCCACGCCCAGCCCCAGGAAGGCGGUGGGCAGCAGCACCCCGCUGGCGGUCAAGCGCGGGUCCAAGCCCACGCAGACGGUGCAGCCCCUCUCUGCCAGCGGGGAGCCCGCCAAGAAGACCCAGCCCGCCGCCGCCGCGGCUGCCACCGCCACCGCCGUGACCGCAGCCGCCGUCGCCACCACCGCCGUCGCCACCGCCGCCGCCAUCGCCGUGGUAGCAGCCGAGCAGCCGCCCCCCGCGGAGGCCCCGCAGCCGGCCGGGUCCCAGGGGGAGGAGCCGGAGGAGGCUCCGCCCUCUCUGUCUGUCGCGGGCGGAGUGGAGAGCGAGGCCGUGGGCCUUCCUGCCCAGCAGCCCCAGGCUCCGGCGGAAACCCCGGCGGCCAUUGUGGCUCCGCUGUCCCCUGCGUCCUCGCCCGCCGCUCCCGCGUCUUUACCCCUGCAACCAGAGGGGGCGCCGCCGCCGCCUGCGUCUGUGGGAGCUCCACUGAGCCCGGGCACCGACAGGCCGGAACAGGAAGUGGAAGACGGACAGGAAGUGGAAGACGGGCAGGAGACGCUGGUUCCUGUGGCGGCAGUAGCGCCGGUGAGUCAGGCGGCUGAGCCGGAGGCGGCGGAGUCCGUUCCCAGCGAGCUCCACGCCGCCGCCGCCGCCGUGGCUCCCAGCUGCCUCCUCCCCGAGCGAGAGGAGGCCGUGGAAAAGGCCGACGAGGAAAUCAACGACGACGAAGAGGUGGGGGAGGAAGAGCGGGAGGGCGUGAGCGGCGCUCUGCCCGUGGAGCAGGCUCAGCCGGGUUCUGCAGGCCCGGCCGGGCCCGUGUGGCGGGGCGGGGCGCUGACUGCGGCGCUGGAGGAGGCGAGCCACCAGGGGGCGUCAGAGCUGAGCGCUCCAGGUGAGCUGGAGAGCGCGGACCUCCUGGGCGAUGCCAGCCCGAAGGGAGCGUCUGCCAGCUCCCCCGCCAAGGUGCCCGACACCCCCGCCAACGAGGAGGACGAUGACGAAGACCCGGUGUGCGACAUGGAGGUGGGCUCGGAGCGGGCGGAGGACCCUCCCAGGGUACGACACGAGGGCGAGGAUGAGGAGGAGGACGAAGACGUGGAGAUGGCCAGCGAGGGCGUGACCGAGAGCGGGCUGGAGAGCUACGGCAACGUGGACGAGGACGACUUCGCCGAGGACGAGCGCCUGGACAACCUGAACCGCGCCCCGCCCAUGGCCCCGCCCCUCCUGCCCACGGCCCCGCCCCUAGCCCCACCCCUGGCCCCGCCCGCCCCCUGGUCCCAGUGCAACCCAUUCGCCGACCCCUUCUCCCAGCUGCCCCAGCAAGCGGCCGACCUGCUGACCGGGCCCUCCGAGCCCUGGGCCCCGGACCCCGAAACGCCCACCCAGUCCCCCGCGCAGGCCUGGCUGGAGCUCAGCACCCCCGCCCUGGUCCCCGUCCCGCUGACCCGGGACUCGGCCCGCCCCCAGGGGGCCCCCCCGGCGGGGGGCAUGUCGCAGUCCAGCACGCUGAGCGGGGCGGAGCUGGCUGCGCAGAGCAGCAGCAGCACCAGCACGCCGGAGGAGCUGCGCCGGUACGGCAGCGGCUCGGAGGAGCUGGCCCCGCCCCCGCCGGCACAGGCCCCGCCCCCGCUGCCCCACGCGGCGCACGACCUGGCCGACGAGGAUGAGGAGGAGGAGGAAGAGGAGGCGGAGACCCUGCCGGCCGACGAGCUGCUGGGAGGCCCCUCCACGGCCCCGGAGUCGGCCACGUCGUCCCCCGCCUCCUCCUCCUCCUCCUCGGCCGACGAGGCCAGCGACACGGAGGGCGAGAUGCAGAUCAGCGAGCCGGACGCGCGCGGCAUCGACAACAUGGCCUUCGACAGCCCGGCCGCCGCCCAGAGCCUGCCCGCGCUGGAGGAGCGCGAGGGCGAGGGCGAGGAGGAGGGGGAGGGGGAGGGCGGCGGGGGCACCCCCCAGUCCGCCAACUCGGCGGCGUCCUACGGCUUCGACUGCACCACCUCCACCUCCACCUCCACCUCCAACUCCAACGCCCACUCCAGCGCGGAGAGCUGCAGCAAGAGCCCCGGCAUCUUCUCCCUGGAGAACGAGGACCAGCUGCUGGAGCAGGCCAAGGACGCCCCGCUCAUCCAGGAGCUGGGCCUGCCCGCGGGGGAGGCGCGCCCCCGCCCGGAGGAGGAGGAGCAGCACUACAUGCUGUGCGGCAAGACGGGGGCGGAGCUUCCCGACCGGAGCGCCGAGGGGGGGGGCCCGGCCCCGGAGCCCCUCCCCUUCUCCGCCCAGCUCGCCGGCGACGCCCCCGACGCCCAGGCCCCCUACUACUCGGCCAUUUGUGAAAAGACUGAUAACGUUCUGUCAGGAGGGGGGUGCGAGCAGGACGAACGGACAGGUGUGCAGCGGGAGGAAUCUCCGUCUCCGUCGCCGCGGAAACCGCCCUGCCCGCUGCCCUGCGAUCACGUGAGCCCGCCCCGGCCGCCCCCCGCGGACCUGCCCCUGAGGCCCGGCCACGCCCGCGCCCCCGCUCCGCCCAGCGCGCAGCUGCUCCGGCUGCAGCAGCACCAGCAGCAGCUCCUGCAGCUGCAGCAGAGCCGGGAGCGCCAGAGGCCGCAGGCGCAGGGGGGGAGAGAGCAGGAACAGCAGAGGCAGCAGGAGGAAGAGGGGAAAGAAGAUGAGGAGGAGCAGCGCAGGCGGCAGGAGAAAGAGCAGCAGGAAGAGGGAGAGGAGCGGAGCAGGCGUGAGCAGCUGGAAGAGGGGCAGGAGGAGGAACACCACAGGCGGGAGCAGCAGGAGAAAAAGGAGCAGGAAGAGGAGGAACGGCACCGGCAGGAGCAGCAGAGGCAGUUGGAGCAGCAGAGGCGGGACCUCCUCCAGCUCCAGCUCCACCUGCAGCAGCAGCAGGUGGAGGAGCAGAAGCGCAGGAGGCAGAUCUUGCAGUGGCAGCAGGAGCUGGAGCAGCAGCAGCAGCAGCAGCAGCAACAGCAGAAACAACAACAGCAGCAGCAGCAGCUGAAGGCCCAGAACACGGUCCUGCUGUCCCCCUCCUCUGGCCUCUGCACCAUCUACGAGGCCAUGGAGACCAGCGAUGAGGAAGAGGAGGCUGAGGUAGAAGAGCUGGUGAAAGAAGCUGGGCAGAAGUGCGAGGAGAGGACCACGGAGGAAGAAGACGGAGGUGAAGACUCCCCCUCUCGCGGGGUCCCCGUCGCCCCCGAUUCGCCCAUAAUGCCCGAUUCGCCCGAGCGUCCGGAGCAGCAGCAGCGCCCAAUCCCGCCGGACAGCCCCCUGGCCUCCCCCUCCGGCGCCCCGCCCCGCCCGCAGCUGGACCUGGACUGGAGCAAGAAGGUGGACAUCGUCCAGCAGCUGAUCAACGAGACGCUGCUGCUGACGGGGGAGGGCUGCCCCCCCCUCCUGCUGCUGCCGGGCGGGGGCGGGGGCACCCUCAGCCCCCUGGAGAGCAGCCUGUGGCCCACCCUGCUGCCGCCGCUCACCCCGCCCUCCGCCACGGUCACCUCCGUCAGCAGCUUCUCCCCCGAGGACCAGGGAAGCUCCCCCCAGGGCGAGUGGACGGUGGUGGAGCUGGAGACCCAUCACUGAAGAGGAGCAGGGGCCCCCCCCCUCCCCUCAGCACCCCCCAGCACACAGCGACCACACCCAUCAUGAACACGUAGACCCUGAGAACCACCGUGGCCGUGCCAUAUCAUUUACAGACCACAGACAUUAUUCCUUUAUCUUAAUGAAUUUCCAGGGAUCUCUCAAUGACACGGAAAAACACGGGUUUGAGGAAAAAGAAAAAAAAAAAAA